AUGAGCACAAGCGGCAGACAUUCGCAAAUGCCGAAUGAUGUUCCGGAAGCACAAGUGGAAGCAGCAUCCGUACCAUUAGGCGGUGCGAUUGGCCGUGACGAUAUUUGGGACGACAGUAUUAUUAUCAAAAAGUAUGAUGCAUCAUUAGCACUGGUCAAAGCAGAGGUAGCAAAGCGGUUGGCCAUGAACACAAACCGGAACGCGCUGGCCGAAGCAGCUGGUUGCAGUGGCAUCAAGACUCGUAAACAGCAAAAGAAAGAUAGCGAUUCAACCGGUGGUGAGGCAACCGUCGGUACGCCGGAACAUGAAGAAAAGGGCACGAUGGAAAUAUCGGAACAUGAGCAGCCUAUGUUCAAUGGGCCACGUACAGACACGUUCGAGAUUGGCGACUACGUGCGUGCCACCUACGAUGACGGAGUGGAUUACGAGGGAAAAAUCAUCGGGUUCGGAAACCAGGGAGAUUGUUUAAUUCGCUACGUGGGAUAUAACAACGAGCAGACGGUGCUGCUGGAAGAACUGUUACCAUCCUGGGGGAGAAAGGCUCGUCGACAGCAGCGUGUUGAGGCAGCGGAAGCGGAAGCAGCUGCCGCGGACUCUCAGAUGGACAUAAGCGAUGAUGAGCGUUUCACAAAGCAGGCGAGCAAGAUCAAAAUUAACUUCGGACCGAACUUUGGUCGCUCGAGCGUGGGACCAACGACGACCGGGAGGAGUGGGCGCUCGGGAAUGUUGGGUCCGAGUAUGUCUACCGCGUAUAUGGUUCCUCCGCCACCACCGAUGCCCCCGAUGCUGGAAGACGCGGACGAUGUGGAGUCGGAGAAUCUUUCCGCGAUGCUAAUGUCUUGGUACAUGAGCGGCUAUUACACGGGGCUUUACCAUGGGCAACGGAUGUCUCAGCAGCAGCAACAACAGCAUACACAACAGAAGCGAGCAAGACAAUCGUAA